AAUGUCCACGGGUUUCAGUUUUGGCUCUUCUGGGAUUACAACUGGAGUUGGAGGAUUUGCAUUUGGAAGUUCAAACAGUAAUGCUGGAUCUACAGGUGGGUCAAUUUUUGGAGGCAUUAGUGGUACUCCUUCUACACCAGCCACACUGGCUGCAACUACUUCAUCAGCUUCUAUGGGCCUAGGUGGAGGACUGUUUGGACAGAAGCCAACUGGAUUUACUUUUGGAGGCACUAGCACAGGACCUGUCACAACUGCAUCAGCUUUUAAUCUGUCAUUCAACAAACCAGCUGCAUCGGCCACAUUGUUUACAUUGCCGGUCACCUCCACUUCAAGUGGGGGUUUGCCUCCAUCCUCCACUGUUGCAUCUGUUCCUGCAACAGCAGGUUUGUGGCAAGGUUCUGCAGGACUAACUUUGGGAGCAGGCACUGCUUCUGCAGUAUCUUCCAGUGAAGGGCUUGGUGGAAUCGAUUUCAGCAGUUCAACAGACAAAAAGAAUAAAAACCUGGGAACCACAACAGAGGACAGCAAAGCACUCAGAGAUGAACAUUUGCCUCCCUUAAUUUCCCAGGAUGUGGAUGUUUUCCAGAAAUUUGUUAAGGAACAAAAGCAGGUCCAAGAGGAAAUAAGUUGUAUGUCUUCCAAAUCUAUGCUGAAAGUGCAAGAAGAUAUCAAAUCUUUGAAACAGCUCCUCUCAGUUGCAGCCAGUGGUCUUCAAAGAAAUACCUUUGCUAUCCACAAAUUAAAAAUAGAAACUGCCCAGGUGUUAUUCCAGCAUUGGUGGUGA